AUGAAGCUCGCCUCGAUAACAGCUUUGCUCUGCACCUUCAGUUUGAUCUCUGUCUGUGUUUCUGAGUUCCACACUGUGGAGGUCCAGCCUGCUGAACAAGUCACACUGAUGUGCUCCAACUUCAGCAGCUUUACCAGGCACAUAUUCUGGUUCAGAACCAGACUGGACAGCAGACCCAACAUCAGCCGGAUCUCCUCUAUGCUGACCUCUGAUUCAAAUGCUAUAUUCUACGAUGGAUUUCAAAAUGGAAAAUUUAACAUGACAUCCAACACCACUACCCUCUUCCUCAACAUCACCCAUGUGGAUUUAGCUGACUCUGGACUGUAUUUCUGUGGACUUUACUCAGAUGGAAAGCCAGUAAUUGUUAGUGCAACAUAUCUAAAAGUUCAAGAAGCGUUUGAUGGAAUAAAGAGUCCGACCAGCGUGAUCCUCGGUGCUUUGACUGUUUUCUUCGUUCCAGUCCUCAUCAGUCUGAUUGUCAUAAUCAGGAGACUUCAUACAACUGAUAAUGAAGAACAGAAUCCACAACAGACUGAGGUGAAUUCCAUUUAA